AUGUCGUUCGUUACCAGUUGUGCGGUGUUUUUCCUCCUCGUGUGUGUUUCGUGGACGAUGGAGGACGGAGCUGAGUUGUGCGGUGUGGGACUUGUGUUUUGUUUUGACUGCCGCGCCUUCCGGAUGGCGAUGCGAGUCUUUGUGUUUUUACUGCAUGCGUUUCUGGUGUUCCUGAGGGCGUAUUGUCCUCUUGGCUAUACACUCCUUUUUGCGGCCGGAGGACUCGCUGUGCACGUGUGUGUCUUCCUCUCUCACUCUCUUUCUUUGGGCAUGCGCGUUGUUCGCCCUUCAUGCCCCGCCUUUCUUUGCUGGCAGGCUCCGUUGAGCACCCCACCACUCCUCCAGAAAAUCAGCCGUGAAGACCCGCCGUCAGCAAAGAGUGAGCAUGCAAGCCCACAUUAUAGCAACCUCGAGCCGACCCAGUCAGCAAAACAGCUCCAUAGCUGUGGGACAACAAAUGGAGAUCCGUGCGCACAGUCUGCCCAGACAGAGGCGGUGCCCCUACGGACAGUCGAUGCACUGCACGUUCUGCAAGUCCGCCCCAAGUGCGCGCCCGACUCCGCGCCGCUGUCCUCGGGCAAUGGUCCCACUCCCACGCCUGACGAGUAUGCAUUAGACGCCGCACCACAGUCCACUGAGAUCGCGGUCCCGCAACGCGAUGCUGCCUCGUGCCCGCGAUGUAAGCGAACGCGCGAUGAUGCGUCUGAUUCGAGCGUCGCACCGCGGCGGCGGCAGCGUGUCUCAGGUCCUCUCCAUCCUCAGUCGCCGACUGUUCCGCCCGUGAUGCUGCCGCUAGAUAUCCGCCGCCAUCUCCGCAAAUCCACCGACACCGGAGCGCCACAGCCGAGCGACGCGCUGUUGGUUGCAGGCGGUGCUUUUCCUCGCACCUGUUUACCCCGUGUUCACCNGGAGGAGGUAGGCGCUGUUAUUGCGAUGCCUUCUCCUUCUGCAAGGUGUACGAUUGACAUCUCUCGU